AUGCGUUUCCUGCAAGUCGUUGCAUUCGCGUUGAUCGCGUUAUCCUUGACCGAGGGUAAACUCUUCCUCAAAAAGCAUGGACUUCCUCCAGCUGAAGCUCCUCAAGCCAGAGCUAAAGCCCCGGAAUUCGGAUGGUUCAAGCAGAGGUUGGAUCAUUUCGAUACCACCGACAACAGAACUUGGAACAUGAGAUUCAUGAACCAAAGUCAGUUCUUCGAAUCUGGAGCUCCGAUCUUCAUUUUCCUUGGAGGAGAAUGGGAGAUUUCCUCUGGAUAUUUGCAGACCGGUCAAAUGUUCGAUAUGGCUGCUGAUCACCAUGGUUACAUGUUCUACACCGAGCACAGAUUCUAUGGAAAAAGUUUCCCAUUCGAAGACAUGGCUACUGACAAAUUGAAGUACCUUACAACAGAUCAAGCUUUAGCUGAUGUAGCUUACUUCAUCACACAUAUGAAGAAAACCAUGCCUGGUAUGGCCAAAAGCAAAGUUGUAGUUGUUGGAGCUUCUUACUCAGCGAGUAUGGCUAUUUGGAUGAGGAUGAAGUAUCCUCAUUUGAUCACAGCUGCCUUAUCCUCAAGUGCCCCAAUUGAAGCAGUCGAAGAUUACAAAGAAUACUACGAGGUUAUCAACGACAACAUCAAACUGAACUCUGCCAAAUGCUUGGAAACAAUCAGGAGUGGAACAGCCGCAAUGGAAGAUUUGUUGGAAGCCAAAUGGGGUGCAGAUACACUCAAGACAUUACUCAACACUUGCGAACCAAUCAAGAUUCAAGAACCUCAUCGUUCUUUCCUCUUCAACACGAUUGGUGAAGUAUUUGCCAGUUUGGUGCAAUACGCCUACGUGGGUCAGAUCAAGGUCGAGUGUAACAAACUUUUGGCCAAAUCAGGAUCGCCUUUGGAACAAUUGAGUUCUUACAUUCGUGAUCAGUAUUCUGGUGACUGCAUGGGUCUGUACGAUGAGUUUUUGGAUUACUUCGGAAGCCCGAACAUCACCAACCAAAUUCAUCGCCAAUGGUACUACCAAACCUGCACCGAAUAUGGAUACUACCAAACUACAACUUCGAACAACCAACCUUUCGGAAAGACUUUCCCACUUUCGUUGUACCACAACAUUUGCAAGGAUCUUUUCGGAAAGAAAUUCAACGUAGAUUUAUUGCAGAGAGGAAUCAACAGGACGAACAUCAUCAACGGAGGAUACAAAUUGGAAGUCACCAACGUCGUUUCCGUUCACGGCACUGUUGAUCCAUGGCACGCAGUUGGUUUGAAGCAGGACUUGAACGAAAACGCUCCAGUCUUCAUCGUCAAUGGAACUGCCCAUUGCGCCGAUUUGAGUUCCAUCAGCGUCAACGAUUUACCAGAGAUGUACGAAGCUAAGAAACGCACCAAGCAAUACAUCGCUAAAUGGUUGAAAUAAAUAAACAUUUUAUAAAUCUUGUA